UUGGCAAACCUUGAAACGUCGGGCAGGAAGGACGUAUUGACAGUGCAAAGAUCAACAGAGGAAAAAGGGAAAGCCUGGGCCGAAGAAGACCGGGGGCCCCUUUGGAACCUCAACCAGGACUAGCCUCGUCCCCCACUGCAGGUGUUUGGGGACGGGUCUCAAGAUGAUCCGAGAUUACCAGGAUCUCUCCAUGACGUUUGACCCCGAAAGCGAGGACCCACCCAGGAUAAAAGCUCCUCCGAAGCUCCCCCAAAGCCGGACGUGGGUCCGACGUCUUUUCCCUAGCCGGCGCCUGAUUCUAAUCCUGCUGGGACUCAGCUUCAUCCUCACCAUCACCGUCAUGGUCUUUGGAGUCAAAGGACAUUUUUACAACGCGGAAUUGAAGGAGACCCAGGACAGCCUAAACAGUUUCAGUCAAACAAUUGGGAAGCAGUUCAUGAAUCUUCAGGACAAAGACAAGGACUCCACCGCAAAAGUCACAGAGCUGGAAGGGAAACUGAAGAAGCUGACCCAGGAGACCACAGAAGCCAGAGUCCACCUCCUCAACUACAUGAAGGAGAUACGAAAAAAUAACCUCGCUCUCAACUGUGACUUUCAGGAUUUCAAGCUCAACCGGACAGUCCGGACGGAGGCUUGCUGUCCCAGAAGCUGGAACGCAUUUCGGAAAAGCUGCUACUGGGAAAGCCGAGAGCAGAAGUCGUGGGAAGAGGCCAAAGCCGAGUGCGAAAACCACGAUGCUCACCUGGUGAUCAUCAACUCCUACGAGGAGCAACAAUUUGUGGCAGUGCGUGUCAAGCCUCACUUCGUGUGGAUCGGAUUGACGGACGCCGACGGCAGCUGGAAGUGGGUGGACGGCUCACCCUACACAGUUGUGACACGGGACUGGUGCCCCCAACAGCCCGACAAUUGGUAUGACCACGGAUACAGCGGUAGGGAGGACUGUGCCCAUCUCCAUAGCAACGGCUGCUGGAACGAUGCCCACUGCACGCGGCAGUACGGCUUCGUCUGCGAGAUGGAAAUGGAAAUUUAAAGGAGCGGGCAGCCUCCCCCCCCCCCCGCGACCCAGAUGAUGCCCCUGGAGUGGAUCACCAGAUCCCGGCUUGGACUGGAUGCUGACAAGAUCCCUUGGUUUGUACUCAAGACCUUCAUUUCCAUCUUGAGCAAGGGUCUUCAAACUUGGCCCUUUCAUGACUUGUGGACUUCAACUCCCAGAAUUACUCAGUCAGGCAUGCUGGCUGAGGAAUUCUGGGAGUUGAAGUCCACAAGUCAUCAAAGGGCCAAGGUGGAAGACCCCUGAUCCUCAGAAUUGGCCUGGCUCUGUCUCCAGUCCUCGACUUACAAGCAUUCGUUUAGCGACCGUUCAAAGUUACGCCGACACUAAAGAAGUGACUUCUGACCCUUUUUCACAACCGUUGCGGCAUUGCCAUGGCCGUGUGAUCAAAAUUCGUACGCUCGGCCCCCAAUUCGUAUUUAUGACAGUCUCAGCGUCUCUGGGAGGGCUGUGUCUCACGCGAUCCCUGUUUUGCGACCUUCCGAUAAGCAAAGUCCAUGGAGGGGGGAGCCAGAUUCACUUAACGACCGCGUGACUCACUUAACAACUGCAGCGAUUCACUUAGUGACGGUGGCUGGAAAGGUCAUAAAACGGAACGAAACCUGACAAUGCCGCUUCGCAAACUCAUCAUUUGGGGAGCUGCCUGAGGUAGCCCUCAGUGUCAACGCUGCUAACCUUGGAUGUUUUUGCCUUGACAACAGAGGGAAUGCAGCCAUCUUUUUUCCUCUUGCUUUUAGAGUUAGAUGAUGCGGGGAGGGGGGUGAUGUGAAUGAGAGUCCAGCUAGACAUAGCAACACUAAACCUAGCGUGAGAAUCAAGGUUAUUGUAACCAGAGCUGAUAGGAAUUGGCGGGCUGGAGACAAGCUAAUUGGAGAAUGUGAUUUAUGACUGUUAAUUGAAGGAGGGAAUUGUGCUUUGACACUAUGUGCCCAGGGGAGGGGAAUUCAGUUUUUGGCUCCGAUUAUGCCGAAGUUAUGCUCCUCAAAAUAAAGAUUCUUUAAGGUCAACAA